UUCCGGACCGACCGGCCUCCUACGCUCUCCGACAAACAACAGCACACAUCGGACUCUCUUGCGUGCGUGGCGGAUAGAUCGAUCGACCCACGCAACCAACAUGCCACCACCGCUCCCACCGCCCGCAGCAGCGGCCGCUGCGUCGUCGGGCGUGCUCCUGUCCGCCGCGUACCGCGUCAUCGCGCGCGCUGCCGCCAUCGAGAUCGAGGAGGUCGCGGCUGGGUAUGGACCGCAGGUCAAGGCUGCUGCUGGGGCUGGGUAUGAGCGGCGGCAAGAGGCUACGGAGCGUGCGGGUCCCGCCACGGCGACGGCCUCGAGCAGCAGCACGAACACGACAAGCACCAGCGCGAGCAGUGCCGCCGACUACGCCGUCUCCCCACCUCCACCACUCCCACCAACAUGGAAGCCGAGAGAAGUCGCCCCAGCCCCAGCGGCCGCACCCCUCCGCCAGCCCGAGCUGAGCAUCCCGAAGCCGGCUCCACCUCCCCCUGCCCCUUCUCCUCCCCCUCCCCCACCCGCACCCGCGACGGCUGUCGAGGCCGCCAUCGAAGAAAUACAGGACCCCGAGCCUGCCGCGCCAGUUGAGGCAGAGCCACCACUGCAAGAGGACGAGACAGCCUCUGGGUUCAAGCUUCCCGAGAUCAGUCGGGAUGCCGAGGAUGAGCCCGUGCCGCUGCGUGCGUCAACGGUGCCGUCGUCGCGUCUGGGCCGCCUCUUCCACUACGGAUCCCUCGGCCUGUCCCUCGGUAUCGGCGCCGCGACCGAGACGAUCCGCCGGACGGCUGGUGGUGGUGGCCAGGGCAGCGUGUUCAUGAGCGACGCGAAUGUCCGCCGGUUGGUCGCGACACUCGGCCGCAUGCGCGGGGCGGCACUCAAGCUCGGCCAGUUCAUGAGCAUACAGGACAAUGCCAUGCUGCCACCUGAGAUUGAGCGUGUGCUGCACCAGGUGCAGGCACAUGCCAACUACAUGCCCGACUGGCAGAUGGAGAAGGUCAUGACGUCGGAACUUGGAGAGGACUGGAAAAGCCUGUUCGCCGCGUUUGACCGCACGCCUGUUGCCUCGGCGUCGAUCGGGCAGGUGCACCGCGCCGUCUUGGCCGACGGCACGCCCGUGGCCGUCAAGAUCCAGUUCCCUGGCGUAUCCUCGUCGAUCGACUCGGACAUUGCCAACCUGUCGAUUUUACUGCGUGGCUCUGCCGUCCUCCCCAAGGGCCUGUACCUCCAGAACACGAUUGCUGUCAUGAAGCGCGAGCUCGAGGACGAGUGCGACUACAUCCGCGAGGGUGCCGCUGGAAACCGCUUCCAUCACUUGCUAAAGGACGACCCCGUGUUCGAGGUCCCGCGCGUCAUUGACGAGGGCACGACUGGCAAGGUGCUCACGACCGAGUGGAUGACCGGCCGGCCCCUGUCACAGAUGAAGGGCAUGUCGCAGGAGCAGCGCGACUUUAUCGGCACCAACAUGAUGCGCCUCUGCCUCCAGGAGCUGUUCCACUUCCGCUUCAUGCAGACGGACCCCAACUGGGCCAACUUCAUGUACGACGGUAAGAGUGGCAAGAUCCAGCUCAUCGACUUUGGCGCGUCGCGUGCCUACACCAAGGAGUUUAUGGACGGGUGGUACCGUCUCCUCCAGGCGGCGCUCGACGGCGACCGCGAGGUCAUGAAGGCGGAGAGUGUGGCGCUCGGGUACCUCACUGGCGAGGAGGCCGAGGUCAUGGUCGACGCACAUCUCGAGUCGAUGGCCUUGUUAGCGAGCCCCUUCCGCUACGAGGGCAAGUUCCCCUUCGCCGAGCAGACGGUCACGGACAAGGUCCGCGAGCUCAUCCCCGUCAUGCUCGAGCACCGUCUCACGCCGCCCCCGGUGCCGACCUACUCGCUGAACCGCAAGCUCAGUGGCGCCUUCCUCAUGUGCGCCAAGCUGGGGGCCAAUGUCGAUUGCAAGGCACUGUGGGAAGAGUACGUUAGCGGGUACGAGGAGGGCCCCGAUGCGGCCGAGGAGGCUGCUGUGCAUGAGGAGAUGCUUGGGGCGUAGAGGGAGGCAGCGAAGACAAUCUUAGAAGAAGAGCAUAUGCAUCAUCACUCUGCAUGCAGAC